AUGCAACCAACUACUGUUUCCACUUCUGCUUCUCAAAAGAACAACUCCUCUGAAAAGAAGGACAACUACAUUGUCAAGGGUGUAUUCUGGGACCCAGCCUGUGUUAUCGCUUAG